GCCACUGUUCUCACCAGGAGGUUUGACUCCAUGAAGAUGCCAGUAAGUAGCAUUGCUCCUGCUGCUGGCACUGAGCUGGGGAAUCCAAACGACUGCGGCGGCCGGAGAAGGAGGAGGGAGGAGCUUCGAUGGGCAGUGCGAUCACAAGUCGAGCUUGGACCCGAGGCCGCACAGUGUUUCGAUCUUGGAGUUCGGCGCUGUCGCCGAUGGGAAAACGAUGAACACAGUCGCCUUCCAGAACGC